AUGUUGUUGGAGGCAGGAAUAAAGAAGGAAGCGCGGCCUCCGGGCGAAUCUCCUCCACAAGGACACAGAGGACGGGCUGGAGCUGAUGAUCCCAAUAGUCAGGAGACUAAUACCACAACUGUAAAUCCUAACAGUACCAGUACCUGUAACCCAAGUCCUAACAGUACCAGUACCUGUAACCCAAGUCCUAACAGUACCAGUAACUGUAACCCAAGUCCUAACCUUACCAGUAACUGUAACCCAAGUCCUAACCGUACCAGUAACUGUAACCCAAGUCCUAACCGUACCAGUAACUGUAACCCAAGUCCAAACCGUACCAGUAACUGUAACCCAAGUCCUAACAGUACCAGUAACUGUAACCCAAGUCCUAACUGUACCAGUAACUGUAACCCAAAUCCUAACCGUACCAGUAACUGUAACCCAAGUCCUAACUGUAUCAGUAACUGUAACCCAAGUCCUAACCGUACCAGUAACUGUAACCCAAGUCCAAACCGUACCAGUAACUGUAACCCAAGUCCUAACCGUACCAGUAACUGUAACCCAAGUCCAAACCGUACCAGUAACUGUUACCCAAGUCCUAACCAAACUAGUAACUGUAACCCAAGUCCUAACCGUACCAGUAACUGUAACCCAAGUCCUAACCGUACCAGUAACUGUACCCCAAAAGACUGA